AUGGAAACGAUUAAUACUAAACAAGAUGAUAAUGAUAAUAGUCAAGAUGGUGCAUUAGUAUUAUGGAAAUAUAAUAAUCCAUUCUCAAAUUAUAAGCGGGAUCCUGAGAGAAUUUUUGUUUUUAAUGGGUUUACCCUUAAGAUAUCGCAAAAAUUAUCCGAUCCAAUUGAUAUUACGCAAAAUACAGGAAAUAUAGUUUGGGAUGGGGCAUAUAUAUUAAGUAAAUAUAUAGUAGAUCAUCUAAAUCUUGAUUAUUUAGUCGACACUAACCGUCGAAGAAAAAUCAGAUUUUUAGAACUAGGAUCAGGAUGUGGUCUUGUCGGAUUAGUUGCUUGGCUCACUGGUGGGUAUGUAGUUUGUACGGGUAUAUUCAAUGAUAUCGAACACACAAAGUUCAAUAUUAAACAGAAUGCUGAAUAUGUUAUGAAUCAGCAACAAGAUCAACUUGAAUAUGAUGGAGGCAAAGAUGAUGUGGUUGAAGAUAGAAGUAAAAACGUUCAUACAAAGAAAAUGUUACAAAAUUUAGAUUUAUUAAAUAAAGAUGAUAUUCAAGUUCACGUUCUAGAUUGGACAUCACUACCAACCGCUGAAGAUACUACAAACCCACUUCACAAAUCAAAUAUUCAACCAUUUGACAUAAUUCUAGCAUCAGAAAUAUUAUAUUUACCAGAUUUACACAAAGAUUUGGUCAAAACUAUUUGUUAUUUUAGUCAUUCAAAACCUAUAAACGAUCAAGAAACUAGUUCCAAAAAAGAAAUGAAAUGUGAAACACGAGUUUUGGGAAUCUAUAAACAACGUGGAUUAGGUGAAGAACAAUUUUUCAACAUUGCUCGAAUUUUUGGAAAAUUUAGAGUUGAAUGGAUUGAUACUAAUUGGAUCUAUCAACCUUCUAUUGAAUCACAUGUGAAUCAAUUGCAGUCAACAAUUUCGUCCACUUACUCCGAGUAUAAAAUGUUUUGGGUGAUUCCUGAUUCUUGA